AUGCGCGCCGGAGUGGCCGCCGUCUGCGCCCUGGAGCUGCUCGGGGCCGGGCUCGCGUGGCGGCUCGGCCCUGCGCAGGCGGCCCUGGCGGCGGCCGCGGGCUGCGCGUGCUUCGCGGCGGUCACCGCGGCGGCGGGCGGCAUCGACCAAUCCUCUUCCAGCACGCGGCGCGCUGGCCGUCGCAGCCGGCCGGAGUUUGGGCCAGCGUCGCGGAUGCUUGACUCGUUUGAUGGGAGAUGGCGUCGCUCAAGCAGUGGCGACGCGUCCUGGCUCGCCUAUAGCCCUACCAAUUCAUGUUCUAAGGACCUUUUGACUGGAUGCUUCGUGUGGGUGAUCCGAGAGAACGGUUUCUGCUGCUUCGCUCGGGCGCCAUACUUGCGACCGUUGGCUGCCCACCACGACCACGGAGGCGCGCGCCGUCAGAACGUCUCCGCACCAGCCCACCGUUGGCGCUCCUCGCCUCUCUGCGGCUGCGGGCCCUCCGAGCUGGGCCGUCGCUGGCGGCAGCGGCCCCGGCAGCAUCUCCCCCAUCCCCCUCAAUGA